GACUCCGGAGUCCGGAUAACACAGCUGACAGUUGGUAAAACUGGGCUAGGUUAGUUGUCUGAACACUUUCACACUGUAGUUCAUUUAUCGAUCGUCAUAUAUUCCCAGUUCAACACUCCGAGAGGGCAGAUUCUUUAUGAAUCUAACAAAGAGACUCUGCCGUCACCAUGCUGAACACAUCCACACUUUGCCUUUGUUUGUUGACUGUGUUGGGAACUGUUUUCUUGGGAACUUGCUCAUCGGAGGCUAACCUUAAAGGUUUCGAUGAGGAUGCUUUCUCCAUCCAGCACUCAGAUGGCUGUCUGGACACAGUUGCUCCUAAACAAUUGAGUCUCGCCUCCUGUGACCCAAAGAGCAAGUCCCAGCGCUGGAAGUGGGGUUCAGGUCAUCGGCUGUUCCACUUAGACUCGUCCCUCUGCUUAGCGUUCAACGUGAGCUCCAAGUCGCUGUACCUGGACGACUGUGGCUCCAACAUCCUGCUGUGGUGGCGCUGCCUGGAUGGGGCUGUUUACACCGUUUAUCAGAUGGGCCUGGCGGUCAGCGGCGGGAAAGUGGUAGCCAAACGGGACGCUAAUGACAGUUGGGUAAGGGGAGGAUCCCAGGACAACAUCUGCCAGAAGCCGUACCGUGUUGUCCACACCACCGAUGGGAAUUCUGCCGGCUCUCCCUGUGACUUCCCCUUCAGACACAACGGCAGCUGGCAUCACGGCUGCCUCCCAGAUGCAGAUUCCCCCGGACUGUCCUGGUGUGCAACCUCAUCGGACUAUGACCUCCAAAAAAAGAGGGGACACUGUCUAAUACCUGAGACGGGUUGCCAGACCUUGUUUGCCGGACCGGAAGGGGAUUCCUGCUAUGAGUUUGUUUCCAGUGUGGCAGUGAGCUGGCACGAGGCUCUGGAUUCAUGUCGCAGUCAAGGAGCUGAUCUGCUCAGUGUGUCUGAGCCCAAUGACCUCCACUCCAAGACCCUUUUGAACGGCCUCGACAGAAUGCCUGAGAGGAUGUGGAUCGGCCUGCACCGGUUAGACACGUCUCACGGCUGGCAGUGGUCCGAUGGUUCCCCUCUCUCCACCCUGCGCUGGGAAACAGGAAUGCCGUACCUCCCCAUCAUUCGUGAUUAUGACUGCGGAGUCCUGAACUCUAAACAGAAUUACGAAUCUGAGUCGUGCAACCAACAACUACCAUACAUUUGCAAGAAGAGUUUCAACACAUCUAGCACGGAAACCACAGGCUCUUUUGAUUACAGUGAAACAGAGUGUGCAGAAGGUUGGGUCCCGUGGAAUGGCUGGUGUUACAAGUUAUUAAAGGAUAACCCUCGCAACUUUACCGAUGCCCAGAUGCACUGCAACCACACUGAGGGGGGAGGCUCUCUGGCCAGCUUCCACUCCAUUGACAGCAAAGAGAUGAUCAGCACUAAUUUCAACGCAGGUGACCAGAUGUUGGAUGUGUGGAUCGGUCUGGUCGGUGCCGGCAUGAACCCCACUGUGUUCAAGUGGAUUGACCUGGCCCCCGUCACAUUCACAUACUGGGACCAGAACCAACCAGUCCAGCCCAGUGUGGAUACCAGCUGUGUCUUCUACUCUGGACAGGCUCAUGGUUGGCGGGUCGGGGACUGCACACAGAGGCUACCUUUUAUGUGUCAGAAGAAAGGGAUAUUCAACGAAUCAGCGAAACAGACCGGAUGUCCCGAGGAUGGUUGGAGUAGACACGGAAACUCCUGUUAUCAAGUGAACACCAAACAGGUGUCUUUCAAAGAUCGCUGCAACGUCACUAUAAACAACAGGUUUGAGCAGGCCUUUAUCAGCCGUCUACUUGGAGAGCACAUCACCAAGGAUCCUCCGUUUUUCUGGAUUGGGCUGCAGGACAUUAAGAACUCAGGAGAGUACCAGUGGAUGGGUCAGAAUGAGUCCACGGGGGUCGUCACAUACACCAACUGGGGCUGGUUCCAACCAGAUCGGCAUGGAGGCUGUGCAGUGAUUUCAACUGAAAAACCGCUGGGCAAGUGGAGGGUGAUGAACUGUACCAACUUUAAAGCCGGCAGCAUCUGUAGAAGAGACCUCAGUCCUCCUCCAGCACCAGAACCAGAGCCAGAACCAAACCCCAAUGCAACGUGUGCUAAUGGAUGGAUCCCCACACGAAACAGUAAACACUGCUACAAGGUGUUUCAUGAGGAGAGGCUGAGCAGGAAGCGCUCCUGGGAGGAGGCUCACAGGUUCUGUGAGGCCCUGGGAGCCCACCUGCCCAGCUUCACAAACAACGACGAGAUGAGGGCCCUGCACAGCAUCAUGAGGGACAGCAUCAGUGAUAAUAGGUACUUCUGGGUUGGCCUGAACAGGAGGAACCCGAAUGAUCGCUCCUGGCAGUGGAGCGACGGCAAGCCUGUAUCUAUGGAUGUUUUACAACGAGAUUUCCAUGAGGAUGAUGCAUACAGUCGGGACUGCACUGCAUUCAAGACAUCGAGGAGCAGCUUGAAGCACCUCAUUGUGUUCCUGAUGCACGAUUUAUCCCCCAUACCCUUCUUUGCCACGCCGUUUCACUGUGACGCCAGGCUGGAGUGGGUCUGCCAAAUCCCCCGCGGAAAGACACCAAAGACCCCGAGCUGGUACAAUCCAGACGGACACCAUGAGACAUCUAUCUUCAUAGAUGGAGCAGAGUUUUGGUUUGUAAAGGAGCCUAAGCUAACUUUUGACGAGGCACAGCUCUUUUGCAAUGGCAAUGGCAGUAACCUGGCUAUGCCAAGCAGCUCAUCUGCUGUUGGAAAGAUCCGGAAGCACAUAAGCGAAUUGUCAAGUUCUACAAAAGAAAGCUGGUGGGUCGAUUUGGAAGACCCUGAAUGGAUACUGUCGCAACCCUUUCACUUUUAUCAUAAAGCUUUCCUGGGCAGAUGCUCCUACAUGAGUUCUGAAUCCUUAUUUCGAAGCCGCGAGCUCAGCUGCAGUCAGCGGUUUUCUUUUGUGUGCGAGAGACAGAACAUCACGUCAGUGGAGAUAAACCCUCUCUUGCCUCGGCCUGAAGGACAGCCCUGCGGAAAUCAAUCUCAGCUUUUCAGAAAUAAGUGCUACACUGUGAUGUCAAGCUUGAAGCCUGUGUCGUUCGGAUAUGCCAAUGAGGAAUGCCAGUCGGUGAAGGGAACCCUGGUGACUAUAUCAGAUCAGGUGGAGCAAGACUUCAUCACCACCCUUUUGCCAAGUUUGAGAAACAUCGAGAAGACAUGGAUUGGUCUGAAAAUCAAACAUGACGACCCAGAGUGGGCGGACCAGUCCCCAGUUCACUACAUCAACUUUAACCCCCUGCUCCUGGGCAUGCACAGGUCUAUAAAAGUCAACAGAUGGGACAAAGAGAGUAUGGAGUUGUGUGUGUUUAUGAUCAACAACCCAAACUCUGCCAUGCUCGGUACCUGGGACUAUUCUUCCUGCACAGAGUAUCAAAAUCUGGCGUUUUGUCAGCACUAUGCAGAUAAAAUGGAGGGGCCCCACGUCCCAACAGAGCCCUUCCACGUCAAUAACCACACCUUCCUGCUGCUCGCACAAAAUCUCACCUGGUUUGAGGCCUUAGAGCAGUGCGGGAAACACAAAAUGGACCUGGCCAGUGUGGCCGACACCUUGUUGCAGGCCACCCUCACUGUGCAUGUGAGCCGUGCACAAACACCCAUGUGGAUCGGCCUCUUCAGUGAAGACGAUGGAAUCCACUACCGCUGGACGGACCACAGCCACACCGUGUUCAGUCGCUGGUCCUCUGAUGUCACCAGCGGCUCGUGUGUCUACCUCGACACCGAUGGCUUCUGGAAAGCCACCGAGUGUGAGGAGAUGCUAGGAGGUGCUAUCUGCCACAAACCGCAUGAAGAGAUCAUCACCACACCAGAGGAUGUCGCUGUGAAGUGCCCCCAUAAGAUUAAUGGUCCCAACUGGAUCCCCUUCAAGAACAACUGCUACUCCUUCCAGCUGGUCGCCACCAGAUGGGACCAGUUUAACCAGGGACAGAUCGAGGAAACCUGCAAAAAACUUCAUGCAGAUGCAGACAUCCUAACCAUUCGAAAUGCAGAGGAGAACGAGUUUAUUAAGCAGCAACUCAUACCCUUUAGAAACUUGGUCCAGUUUGUUUGGCUGGGGAUGUUCAAAGAUGAAAACGAUAACCAGAUGAAAUGGUAUGAUGGCACCACUGUCCAAUAUUCCAACUGGGCCAAUGGCAGACCAGAAGUAGAAGGACCAUUUCUGGCCGGCCUCAUGGUCGACAGCUUCUGGAUUCUCAUCUCAAAGCAAAGAUCAUUCCCAGAGUUCAAACAGAGGAGCAUUGUGACCUGCAAACUGGACAACGAACCAAAACACGAGUACAACCAGUCAUCCACGGACUUCCAACAUUACGGUAACUUAACCUAUCAGGUGCUGACCCUUAAGAUGAGCUGGCACCAGGCUCUGGAGGAGUGUAGUGAGCGGGGGGGCCACCUGGCCAGUGUGCACGACCUCCAGCAUAGCGCUCAUGUGAAGCUCAUCGCCAAGACAGACGGAUUCCCCCUCUGGAUCGGCCUAUCGAACCAGGAUGUUAGUGGAUCAACCUUUGAGUGGUCCGAUGGAACGAGAUUUGACUACAAAGCCAUCAUCUCUGACUCACUGGAGGCCCCCAGCUCAGACAAACAAGAGCCCAGCUGUGUUAUGGUAACCCCUGCUGGGGCCUGGGUGAAGACCAGCUGCAGCACGGUGCAACAAGGAGCCAUCUGCUACACCACCUCCAUCACCACCACCUCCCAAAGAGCCAGACAGCUGUUUCCCCCGGUGGCCAAUCACUGCCCUCAGAGCAACGGCAUGUCCAUGUGGGUGCAGCACCAGGACCACUGCUACGCCUUCCACAUGAGCUUCUACAACUUCAGCGUGUACAGCAUGCAGCAGGCCCGGAGCAUCUGCCAGAGCCUGGAUGCUCAACUGCUGACCCUCAAAAGCAAAGAGGAGAAGGACUUUGUGUCGAAGCACGUGGUCGAUGACCCCCUAAUCACCAGCCGAGUGUGGCUCGACAUGGAGCUCGAUACUCAAGGUCAGCCUCUGUCCUGGCAGGACGGCUCAGCUCUGGAUUACUCCAACUGGAAGUCUGAGGCUUUGGUUAAUGGGAAGAAGUCGGAGCCCCACUGUGCCGUCAUGGUGACAGGAGAUGAAGGAAAGUGGACCCGCGCCAGCUGCAACACGAGCUUCAGUCGGGUUGUCUGCAAAACUCAAACAAAGUCCGGAGGCUCUCCUGUGGCGUUGGGUCUCUUCAUCGUGGUCGUCAUCGCUCUCCUUUUAGCCAUCGGCUUCAUCCUCUACAAGAAGAAAAGAGCCCACUUCUCUUCCACCGUCCGCUACAAGAGAACCUUUGAUGAAUCAGACAGCACCAGUAUUAUCACAGAAGCUGAAUAAGUAUCAGCCUCAGGGAGUGUUUAUGUGCCUUGUGUGCAUUUUAGUACUAUUCAGCAAAAGCAGAUGCAGCCUUUCCCUUUUUUAAGUUAUUUAUUUAUCAUGUUUAAGCCUGCAAACUUUCUCAAAUGAUGUCUAAAACUGUAAAUAUAUUGUGAAUAUCUGCCAAUUCAACUCUUUUCUGGGAUACUUUAGAUUGUAUUGAUGAAGAGUGAAGCGUUAUGAACAUACUGGGGCUGUGUUAAAUUUUGAUCAUUGACAUUAGUGCGAUGUUUUUGUUUUUAAAUUGUACAAAGAUUAGGAGUUAAAAUAUGCAACCAGAAAAGACACUCCCAUUCAGGCCCUAUAACAGGGGUUACAUUGCACUGAUGUAUAAGUGACUCCAAGCUAUCAGUAACAGAACAUGCUGUACUGUAUAUACCAUUACUCAAUCUAUUCCAAUGUGGCUUUAGUUAAUUCAUAUAAUAAUAGACUAAAGGCCAAUUCACCUAAAAUUAUGUUAGACCUGUUUUUCUUUCACUUGGAGUUGUAUUUAUAUUUUCGUUUAAAUACUCACAAUACAGCCCAGAUCUGAAUCGUUUGAGAGCUGGUUUUCUACAAAGGUACGCCCCAUACCGAUCUAUGAGCAAAAAGGAAGAAACUAAAGAUUGUAAAAUGUAAAUGUGUGAUUAUGUUUGAUAAGAAACUUGGCUUUUGAGUUUUCUAUAUUGUUUUACUAAGCUGCACUUCAUUGGCCUGAGCAACAUCUAUCUUUUUCAAACCUCAGUAAAUCAAGUUAAAACUAUCUGGAUUAAGAGCUUGCACUCUGGUCAAGAAACUAUAUUUGUUUUUUUAUUGGAUUGUGCCUUUUUAAAUAAGUAAGAAAAUGUAUGAUUGAAAAUGUCACUCACUGUGCCUUUUUAACAUCAUAAUUCAGAAGGGAUGGGAGACAUUAAGCCACUGGGUAGUGUUAUUUUCUCUGUAUUACCUGAUUCAGUUGUCUUAUAAUACUUAACAUUGUGUUUUUGUUGACAAUACAUAAUGAUUCAAGGGAAAGUUGUAGUGCUGCUGAUCAGUUGUGUAAGUGUAGACACUGGCUUGCCUAAAAAUGACUCGGACAUGUUUGUAUAAAGUUUGUGUUGAUUUAGAUCUGACUCCCCUAUGCACUUACUACUGAGCAAGAACGCACUUUAAUAUGUUCCUACUAUGUUUAAGCACAAUGAGGUUAAGGGUUUUAGAGACAUUUAAAUUGCACUGGCGUUUGCUGUGAAUGCUUUGUAAAUACGUUUUAUAACUGAGAAUGAACCAAAGAUUCUGAGUUCUUUGAAUUUCAGAAGCCUGAUCUUUCUUUUUAUUGUGUGGAACUGCGUCAAUACGGCUUGUUAGACCCUUCAUAUCAAGUUGUAAACCAAAUGUAAGUGGGUUGUUUUUUUUGUUUUACUUAUCACUCUUAAACAGGUCUAUCAGCUCAAUCAGGUACAUUAUCCUUCCAAUAAAAUUUCCUGUCACCAAA